AUGAAGUUUCUCGUCGUGUGUGCUGUUGUGCUGACGUCGGCGUUGGUCCACGGGCAGGAGGCGGAGGAGGAUGCAGUACUGUUUCCAGAGUCAGAAGACGAUGAUCUUGAACUGGAGAAUCUGGAAGACAGGGUGGCAGCCCUCGAGGACAACAUCACAGUGAAUGAGAUGUUGAGCGUGGAGGUCCCUUCCCUGGCGAUGGAGGUCGAGAAGAUGAACCAUGCGCUGAAAAAGAUGGAUGACUACAUUGACAAACUUUACAAGUACACCAAAGGAAUCAAGAAGGAAAUACAGGAAGGCAAAGAAGACAUAGCAAAAUCAGUGAAAGCGAAUCAGGACCGAAUCGCCAAGCUUCCUAGACAGAUAGAAGACCUGAAGAAGGACAUAGAGAACAAGGAGGACAAGCACUCGCCUGAGGAGACAGAGAAAUACCUUCGCGGCCUAUGGACAAACUGGAAGGAAGGGAAAUUCGGAGUACCCGCAGAGCAGCCCAAAAAGGAGGAGCUGACGGAACAAGUGACAUCUCCAGCGAAAAAUGCUUGGAGAGGACUUCGACACCACCAAAGAAGAGGCCACACUAGACAUGUUGGUGGUCACAGUCGUCAUGGUGGUGGUGGUGGUGGUGCUUUCGCCUGGACAGAGAACUGGUUAGCAAAGAAGAAACAAGAAUGGCAGCAGAAGCACCAGGAAAAACCUGAGACAGAAGACACGGGGAGCGCAGAGAGCGAACCGAGAAUUGAUAACACAAAUGAAAGUGCAGAUGAAGAACAGAACAAGCUAAUAUUCCGUUAGCAGACCAAAACAGACCAAUGUAACGGUAGGAUACCACAACAACAGUCACGUUGCGUCCGCUGUGCAUCAGAAAAUAAAUAAAUGAUGAAGCAAG